AUGGCUCAGGCGGCCAAACAGCUGAAGAAAAUCAAAGACAUCGAGGCGCAGGCCCUCCAGGAGCAGAAGGAGAAGGAGGAAUCCAACAGGAAGCGGAGGAACCGCUCCCGUGACCGAAAGAAGAAGGCCGACGCUGCUACCAGCUUUCUGAGGGCGGCAAGAUCAGGUAACUUGGACAAAGCUUUGGAUCACCUGCGGAAUGGCGUAGACAUUAACACCUGUAACCAGAAUGGGCUGAACGGCUUGCACCUGGCCUCUAAAGAAGGCCACGUGAAGAUGGUGGUUGAACUUCUGCACAAAGAAAUCAUUCUAGAAACGACAACCAAGAAAGGGAACACAGCUCUGCACAUCGCCGCCCUCGCUGGUCAGGAUGAGGUGGUCCGGGAGCUGGUCAACUAUGGCGCCAAUGUCAACGCCCAGUCACAGAAAGGCUUUACACCCCUAUACAUGGCAGCACAAGAGAAUCACUUGGAAGUGGUUAAGUUUUUACUGGAAAAUGGAGCUAAUCAGAAUGUAGCCACAGAAGACGGCUUCACGCCUCUCGCGGUGGCUCUGCAGCAGGGCCAUGAGAACGUGGUGGCCCACCUCAUCAACUACGGCACGAAGGGGAAAGUGCGCCUACCCGCCCUACACAUCGCGGCGCGCAACGAUGACACACGGACAGCUGCGGUCCUGCUGCAGAAUGACCCCAACCCAGACGUGCUUUCCAAGACGGGAUUCACCCCCCUUCACAUCGCAGCUCACUACGAGAACCUCAACGUGGCCCAGUUGCUCCUCAACAGGGGUGCCAGCGUCAACUUCACGCCCCAGAACGGCAUCACGCCACUGCAUAUCGCCUCCCGCAGGGGGAACGUGAUCAUGGUGCGGCUCCUGCUGGACCGGGGAGCCCAGAUAGAAACAAGGACCAAGGAUGAAUUGACACCUCUCCACUGUGCAGCUCGGAAUGGGCACGUGCGAAUCUCAGAGAUCCUGCUGGACCACGGGGCACCCAUCCAAGCCAAAACCAAGAACGGCUUAUCCCCCAUUCACAUGGCGGCUCAGGGAGACCACCUUGACUGUGUCCGACUUCUAUUGCAAUACAACGCAGAGAUAGACGACAUCACCCUGGACCAUCUGACCCCCCUCCACGUGGCAGCCCACUGCGGCCAUCACAGAGUAGCCAAAGUCCUUUUGGAUAAAGGAGCCAAACCAAAUUCCAGAGCCCUGAAUGGCUUCACCCCCUUACAUAUCGCCUGCAAGAAGAACCACAUCCGUGUCAUGGAUCUGCUGCUGAAGACGGGGGCCUCCAUUGACGCUGUUACUGAGUCUGGCUUGACACCUCUCCAUGUGGCCUCCUUCAUGGGGCACCUGCCCAUUGUGAAGAACCUUCUACAGAGGGAAGCAUCACCCAAUGUCUCCAACGUGAAAGUGGAGACCCCGCUGCACAUGGCAGCCAGAGCAGGACAUACAGAAGUUGCCAAAUACUUGCUCCAGAACAAAGCCAAAGUCAAUGCCAAGGCCAAGGAUGACCAGACCCCGCUUUACUGCGCGGCUCGCAUCGGUCAUGUAAACAUGGUGAAGCUUCUGCUAGAAAAUAACGCCAAUCCCAACCUGGCCACCACUGCCGGGCACACUCCCCUGCACGUCGCAGCCCGGGAGGGCCAUGUGGAGACGGCCCUGGCCCUUCUGGAAAAGGAAGCAUCCCAGGCAUGCAUGACCAAGAAAGGAUUUACCCCUCUCCAUGUGGCGGCUAAGUAUGGGAAGGUUAGAGUGGCCGAACUGCUGCUGGAACGGGACGCACAUCCCAAUGCUGCCGGAAAAAAUGGCUUGACUCCCCUGCACGUGGCCGUCCAUCACAACCACCUGGACAUCGUCCGGCUGCUGCUUCCCCGAGGCGGCUCCCCGCACAGCCCGGCUUGGAAUGGCUACACCCCUUUGCACAUUGCGGCCAAGCAGAACCAGAUGGAGGUGGCCCGCAGUCUGCUGCAGUACGGGGGGUCAGCGAACGCUGAGUCGGUGCAAGGCGUGACCCCCCUCCACCUGGCCGCCCAGGAGGGUCACGCGGAGAUGGUGGCUCUCCUACUUUCGAAACAAGCCAAUGGCAAUCUGGGGAACAAGAGUGGACUCACCCCCCUCCAUCUGGUAGCACAAGAAGGCCACGUUCCAGUGGCAGAUGUGCUCAUCAAACACGGUGUCACAGUGGACGCCACCACCCGGAUGGGUUAUACUCCACUCCAUGUGGCCAGUCAUUAUGGAAAUAUCAAGCUGGUGAAGUUUCUGCUGCAGCACCAGGCAGACGUCAAUGCCAAAACUAAGCAAGGAUACAGUCCUUUGCACCAGGCGGCCCAGCAAGGACAUACAGACAUUGUGACACUGCUUCUCAAAAAUGGUGCUUCCCCAAACGAGGUCAGCUCGAAUGGAACCACACCUCUGGCAAUAGCCAAGCGCUUGGGCUACAUAUCUGUCACCGACGUGCUCAAGGUUGUCACGGAUGAGCCCAGUUUUGUGUUAACCAGUGACAAGCAUCGGCUGAGUUUCCCUGAGACGGUAGAUGAGAUCCUGGAUGUCUCUGAAGAUGAAGGAACUGCUCAUAUAACUAUAAUGGGGGAGGAACUCAUUUCCAAGGCUGAGAGGCAGGAUUCCAGGGACAUAGACGAAGAGAAGGAGCUGCUGGACUUCGUGCCGAAGCUGGACCAAGCGGUAGAAUCACCAGCCAUCCCUAAGAUCCCUUGUGUCACACCUGAGACUGUGGUGAUCAGAGCGGAAGAGCCAGAACAGGCGUCUAAGGAGUAUGACGAAGACUCACUCAUCCCCAGCAGUCCGGCCACAGAGACCUCAGACAACAUCAGCCCCGUGGCCAGCCCCGUCCACACAGGGUUCCUGGUGAGCUUCAUGGUGGACGCCCGAGGAGGCUCCAUGCGGGGGAGUCGGCACAACGGCCUGCGGGUGGUGAUCCCCCCCCGGACGUGCGCUGCCCCUACGCGCAUCACCUGCCGCCUGGUCAAGCCCCAGAAGCUGAGCACUCCGCCCCCGCUGGCCGAGGAGGAGGGCCUGGCCAGCAGGAUCAUUGCGCUGGGACCCACGGGGGCCCAGUUCUUAAGCCCCGUGAUCGUGGAGAUCCCGCACUUCGCCUCCCACGGCCGUGGGGACCGUGAGCUCGUGGUGCUGCGCAGUGAAAACGGCUCUGUGUGGAAGGAGCACAGGAGCCGCUACGGAGAGAGCUACCUGGAUAUGGACCAGAUCCUUAACGGGAUGGACGAAGAGCUGGGUAGUCUGGAGGAGCUGGAGAAGAAGAGGGUCUGUCGCAUCAUCACCACCGACUUCCCUUUGUACUUCGUGAUCAUGUCGCGGCUGUGCCAGGACUAUGACACCAUCGGCCCUGAAGGGGGCUUCCUGAAGAGCAAGCUAGUCCCAAUGGUGCAGGCCACGUUCCCAGAAAAUGCUGUCACCAAGAGAGUGAAGCUGGCUCUGCAGGCCCAGCCUGUGCCGGAUGAGCUGGUCACCAAACUCCUGGGCAACCAGGCCACGUUCAGCCCCAUUGUCACUGUGGAGCCUCGACGCCGGAAGUUCUACCGUCCCAUUGGGCUUCGGAUCCCACUCCCUCCUUCCUGGACGGACAACCCGAGGGACAGCGGGGAGGGGGAUACCACCAGCCUGCGCCUGCUCUGCAGUGUCACUGGAGGAACAGACCAAGCCCAGUGGGAAGACAUAACGGGGACCACCAAGCUUGUGUAUGCCAACGAGUGUGCUGCCUUCACCACCAACGUCUCUGCCAGGUUCUGGCUGUCCGACUGUCCUCGGACUGCCGAAGCUGUGAACUUCGCCACUCUGCUGUACAAGGAGCUCACCGCGGUGCCCUACAUGGCCAAGUUCGUCAUUUUCGCCAAGAUGAAUGACCCCCGUGAGGGGCGUCUGCGCUGCUACUGCAUGACAGACGAUAAAGUGGACAAGACCCUGGAGCAGCACGAGAACUUCGUGGAGGUCGCUCGGAGCAGGGACAUAGAGGUUCUGGAAGGAAUGCCUCUUUUCGCAGAGCUCUUUGGGAACCUGGUACCCGUCAGAAAGGCUGCCCAGCAGCGGAGUUUCCAGUUCCAGUCGUUUCGGGAGAACCGCUUGGCCAUACCGGUGAAGGUGAGGGACAGCAGCCGAGAGCCAGCAGGGUCCUUGUCGUUUCUGCGCAAGGCCAUGAAGUAUGAGGACGCCCAGCACAUUCUCUGCCACUUGAACAUCACCAUGCCCCCCUGCACGAAGGUGAGCAGUGCCGAUGAGAGGAGAAGGACUCUGACGCCGCUGGCCCUGAGAUACAGCAUCCUCAGCGAACCCUCCCUGGGUUCCCUCAGUGGGACAGACCGAGCAAAUAUGAAGAUGGCUAUUAUAUCAGAACACCUCGGCCUCAGCUGGGCGGAGUUGGCUCGGGAGCUGCAGUUCAGUGUGGAAGACAUCAACAGGAUCCGCGUGGAAAACCCCAACUCCUUGUUGGAGCAGAGUGUAGCCUUGUUGAACCUCUGGGUCAUCCGUGAAGGCAAAAACGCGAACAUGGAGAAUCUGUACACAGCCCUGCGGAACAUUGACCGCAGCGAGAUCAUGAACAUGCUGGAAGGCUCGGGCAGGCAGGGCCGCAAUCUGAAACCUGAGCGGCGGCACGGGGACCGGGACUACUCGUCGUCACCCUCCCAGAUGAAUGGUUACUCCUCGCUGCAGGACGAGCUGCUGUCCCCCGCCUCCCUGCACUACGCGCUUCCCUCUCCGCUGCGCGCAGACCAGUACUGGAACGAGGUGGCCGUCAUAGACGCCAUCCCCUUGGCGGCCACGGAGCAUGACGCCAUGCUGGAGAUGUCUGACAUGCAGGUGUGGUCUGCGGGCCUCACACCCUCCCUGGUCACUGCUGAGGACUCCUCUCUGGAGUGCAGCAAGGCCGAGGACUCUGACGCCACCGGCCACGAGUGGAAGCCGGAGGGGGUGCUCUCCGAGGGACCCCAGGGCCCCACGCUGGGCUCUCUGGACCUUGUGGAGGACGACACAGUGGAUUCAGAUGCCAUAAAUGGCCUUAUCGAUUUGCUUGACCAGGAGGAAGGUCAGAGGUCAGAAGAGAAGCUGCCAGGUCACGAGAGGCAGGAGGACGCCCCAGGUGCGGGGCAGGACUCAGAGAAUCAAGUGUCUCUUGUUGCAGGCCAGCAGAGGGUGCAAGCCCACAUCACAGAAUCCCCCAGCGUGAGUCGGGUGAUGGAGAUGAGCCAGGACAGACUGCAACACUGGGAUGAGGAAGGCUCCAUUGUCUCAUACCUACAAGACACUGCCCGAAGUUCCUGGCCAGAGGAGGUCACCCAAGGCCCACACUCCUUCCAGAGUACCGUCACCACCACCCAAGAGCUGGAGCCCAGUGGGUUGCGCGAGUAUGAGAAGGUCCUGGUGUCAGCAGCUGAGCACGUAUGGGAAGGGCGGCCAGAGGCUGAGAGCAGGGCACGGAGACGACAGAGUCACCAAGAGUGGGUGCAGGAGGCUCGGAGCACCUUCUCCCUGAUGGCAGAGGGGAGUGAGUUCCAAGAUAUUCCAGGGGAGCAGGUGACAGAGGAACAAUUCACAGAUGAGCAGGGCAACAUUGUCACCAAGAAGAUCAUCCGCAAAGUUGUUCGGCAGAUAGACUCGUCCGGUGUGGAGGCCAGCCAGGAACACGAGGAGGUGAUUGCUGAGGGGCCCCUGGAGGACCCCAGGGAGAUGGAAGCUGAUGUUGAUUCUUUUAUGAGACACGUGCAGGUGGAGCUGCGAGGGAGUAGCCUGCAGCCGGACCUGAUAGAGAGCAGGAAGGGGGCUCAGAUAGUGAAGCGGGCCAGCCUAAAACGGGGGAAGCAGUGAUCUCUAGCCCUUCCCCUCGAAUGGCCUCUUGGGAGGAUCACACCUCGACACCCAACCCUUGAACUCCACACACUCUGCCAUGCACACGGAGGAGAGCUGGAGCGGAGGGCUCGGAAGUGGCGCAUCUGUUCCUCUAGGCUAACGGCAUGAUCUCUGUAAGGGACUUCCUUUAGUCUCCUAUUCGCAUGAACGACUGACUGUAGACGCAUGACCUACAGUCCUCAAUCCUGCCUCUAGCGACGAUGGAUCUCUGUUGGGAAUCAGGACAAACGCCUCAAGAAGGGGGGUGGGGAGAGAGAGGGAUAGAAAACCAGCACGGGAGAGCGCGUGAACGCGAAAGUGAACAAGGGCUCUUUUUGUGCUUGGGGAUGAUCUAUUUUUUAAAAUCAAUUUAAUUUUGACUUGUUACAGGGUACUUUGUUUUCAACCUCAUCUGUAGGAAAUCCAUGUGGGUUUCCUGGAAAGAAAAAAAAAAAGAAAAGAAAAGAAAACUAGGCACAAAAUCAGUUUGGCACCUUAAUCCCAUGUCCUCAUCUGCCAGUCUUCCCCACCGACACACACCUCCAUUCCAUUUGUGACAUCCCAUCCCACUCCCCAGGGGGCCACUCCUCCCAGAUCGUUCUACACGACAUUGGGGACAUGCGCAUAGGCACACACACGCACACACAAGCACCUCUCCCCUCUCCUCA